AUGUCGACCUUGACUCGGGCCUUCACCAAGCGCAACAAGCGCCCCGAGGUCUCCGCCCCGAUGCCCUACCGCGAGAAUCAAACCAAGUUCUCAGCCGGCACGAUCAAGCGCGGAAAGAUCUCGGGCCCUAUGGAGUUGUUGUCGACGACCAAUAUGCUGGCCUACAACGCCCCCAAUUUGCGAUCCGCUGGAUCAUCCUCGACCUCGUCGCUGCAGUCGCCGGACGACUCCGAGUUGUCCUUUGCACACCAGAGUUUCGGGUCCCCCGCCACCACCCCCGACGACUCUCCCGUCGACGCCAAUCCGCUCUCCGCGUAUUUCCCCAAGCGGUCAGCCACGGUGACCAGCCACCCCCGCUCCUCCACCUCGACCGCGUCCUCCACCGAAGCCCCGUUGGUCCCCAAGCGCGCGCUGUCGCAUACGAAGCGCUCCCACCAAGAGCUCGCCCGCCACCGCUCGCUGUCCCGGCUGUCACCGCCUCCAUUAAGCUCGACCCGCAGCAGUCCCCAAAUGCGACCCUCGCAGGACUACAAGCCGGAACCCCACCCGUUCGGAAAGGAGCUGGAGCAGGUCAACGAGGUGGCCGAGGAGUUCGGGGGGACCCGCAUCUUCGACGAGGAGGAGAUGUUCUUGUACAACAAGGGCCUGAAGAAGUUCACCGUCGACGACUACCUCGUGGAGAUCCAAGAUCUGUACGGCAGCAUCUUCGACGAUCAAUUAGGUCCGAUCGGCGCGGGUCCAUGGUUAUGA